AUGUCAAGAGAACUUUCUCAAAUGCAAAUGGACGACGAGAACAUGCCGCAAAUCAGCGGUGUGAUGUCUUCCAAAGGAUUGGCGGACAGCCAACCUCGACCAAAACAAUCGCUGACCCGUGCGCGCUCGGCGUUGACAGACAUCAACAAUAACGCGGGCAUUUUAGAGACACAGAGACAAAGACAGAGUCUACCUCAUCAACAGUCACAACAAGGAAAAACUGCGGGCCAACUUGUGAGGCCCUUGAAAAUCCGUGCGGACAAGCAGGAACCAGAACACAGCGACAAGCGCGUGUCACUCAAAAGACAGGCCACAGAUUCGAGCAGUGACUUUCUAGAGCAGGGGACUCAGGAAGUCAAGAAAGUUAAGGUGGAACACGACUACACCUGGGACGAUCUUGAUGCAGACGACGCCGACGAUCCGCUGAUGGUGAGCGAGUACGUUAACGACAUCUUUGAAUACUUGCAUGAACUGGAGCUCAAGACUCUUCCAGAUCCAAACUACUUGCAUUGGCAAAGGAAUCUGCGCCCUAAGAUGCGUUCUAUUUUGGUGGACUGGAUGGUCGAAGUGCAUCUAAAGUUCAGACUCCUUCCAGAAACAUUGUAUCUUGCUAUCAACAUUAUGGAUCGCUUCAUGUCACGCGAAAGUGUCCAAGUUGACAGAUUGCAGCUGUUGGCCACUGGUUCUUUAUUCAUUGCCGCUAAAUACGAGGAGGUGUAUUCUCCAUCUGUGAAGAACUAUGCCUACGUGACGGACGGAGGCUUCACCGAGGAGGAGAUCCUAAACGCAGAAAAAUUCAUCCUGGAGAUUCUCCAGUUCAACAUGAGUUACCCAAAUCCUAUGAACUUCCUACGACGCAUUUCCAAAGCCGAUGACUACGACGUUCAGUCCAGAACCAUUGGCAAAUAUCUGUUAGAAAUAUCAAUCAUCGACCACAAAUUUAUUGGAUACCUGCCAUCGUUGUGUUCAGCAGCUGCUAUGUACAUAGCACGCAAAAUGCUGUCGAAGAACGACUGGAACGGCAACCUCAUCCACUACAGUGGGGGAUACAAAGAGAGCGAUUUGAAGGAAGUGAGCGAAAUGAUUAUAGAUUAUCUGAUCAGUCCUAUUGUGCACGAGGAGUUUUUCAAGAAGUAUGCUUCGCGCAAAUUUAUGAAGGUGUCGAUUUUGGCAAGACAGUGGGCAAAGAAAAUUACGAGCGAAGGCAAAAAUAUCAUGGACCCAAUGUUGUGA